GUGAUGGAGGUGGUAGUAGUAGUAGUAGUAGUAGUAGUAGUAGUAAUAGUGGCGGUGGUGGUGAUGGCGGUGGCGACACAUAAAACGUUCGCCGCGGGAAAUAUUGAUGAGUUGAGGGGUGAUGACGAGCCGGUGAUCUGCAGAGAGGUGAUGGGUGGGGGGAAGGGAGAGGUGGCAGUAAAGGAGUGUGGGAGUGUGGGAGAGUGGGAGUGAGGUGCGCGAUAUUGACUCGUGCUGGCGUGGGAAACGAGCGCCGGUGACUUCACCUGAGGCGCCGCGACACCUUGUGGUGUCACUGUGGUGAUGUGUUGGUGGGGUGGUGUGCUGAUGAGGUGGUGUUGUGAUGAUGCGGUGGGGUUGCGUGGUGAUGAGGCGGUGUGGUGAUGAUGAGGUGGUGCGGUGUGGUAAUGAGGCCGUGGAGUGGUGUGGUGAUGAGGCGGUGUGGUGAUGAUGAGGUGGUGCGGUGUGGUGAUGAGGCCGUGGGGCGGUGUGGUGAUGAGGCUGUGUGGAGAUGAUGUGGUGUGGUGAUGAGGCGGUGGGGCGGUGUGGUGAUGAGGUGGUGUGGUGAUGAUGCGGUGGGGCGGUGUGCUGAUGAGGUGGUGUGGUAAUGAGGCAGUGGGGCGGUGUGGUAAUGAGGCUGUAGUGAUGAGGCGGUGGGGCGGUGUGGUGAUGCUGCGGUGGGGCGGUGCCGUGAUGAGGUGGUGUGGUGACGAGGCGGUGUGGUAAUGAGGCUGUAUUGAUGAGGCGGUGUGGCGGUGUGGUGUCACUGUGUUGGUCUAGUGACUGCCACUGCCACUGCCACCACCACCACCACCACCACCACCUUCACCGCGGGUCGCCAGCACCUCGUCGCCGCCUGACAAGUGUCGCAGCGGCGGGACGGGCGGGGUUGGGACAGCGGGGAAGCGGUGCCUCAGGUGGUGCAGGCGGCGCCACCUGGCGGGCGCGGCGGUGGGCACCCCGCAAGUCGUUUAACCUGCCCCGCCGGGCGCGCCACCGCCGCCCCGCCCGCCACGGCGCGAUAGUCACGUCUGUUGAUGCCGCCGGGAACUAUGGCCGCUAUGGCGGGGCGCGGUGGAGCGGCGGGACGGCUGGCAGGUGAGGGAUGAGCCCUUGUUGCCGCGGGGCAGCGGCCGUCACCAGCGGCGCUACGGCACGAGGCGCUGCUGCUGAACCCUUCAUGUCUCCCUCCCACUCCCCCGCCCCUUGACGUAGGCUGGCGUAGCACAGGCGGGAGGGCAGCACAGGCCAGGACAGGCCAGGUCGCGACACCGGGCUGGCAGGGCGGCAACAGUUAUGGUGUGGGCAGCCGUGGUCAGGCGGGGCGGGGCGGGGCGGGUCGGGGCGGUGGCAGGCGGCGAUGGUUCACACGCUCCUCGUGGGAACGCCGCCGCUCACACACUCGCACACACACGUACACACACACACGCACAUGCACGACACACGCACACGGCGUCGCCGCCCACGUUGUAUUUUGCAGUAAUGCCGUCUAGGUACGAUGUCCAGUGCCCCUGGUGCCCCGCCAGGCAUGGAAACGAGGACGGCGGUGCCCGGGGCAGCGUGGGCCCCGCGGGGCACGCCAGGGCUCGGGGCGCCGUGUGUUAUCGUGCGUCUGGCGGCGCUCGGCGGCGCGCGGCCGUAUAUGAGGUGGGCGGCCGCCCGGCACACGACACUUCCCAGCCCACCGCCGCCACCGACGCCCGCGCCGCGUGCUGCCACAGACGCGUGCACGUGCAGGCACAUGCACCGCCCCGUGUUGAGGAUUACGUGCACGCCUGCGCCCCGCCGCGACCUAGUGCCAGUGUUGUGACCAGUGUGUGUGUGUGGCACCGUGACACGCGUCCCGCCCCAGGCUGUGACUCCGUGACUCGUGUAUGAGCGUGAGUGUGCGAGACGCGUCGUGCGGCGUGCAGCAGGCUGCGGCCUCCUCCUCAGCGCCCCUCGGCGCCUACCUGCCCGCCUACACCCCCGCCCACGCCCACGCCGGCAUGAAGCGCACACUCAGCGAGAGUGACGGGGACGACAUCUACUCCGGCGACGAGAAAGAUGGCGACGACUGCUCCUCCAGCGGGGGGGGCGCCUCCAGGAAGCGGCGGCGCGGCAUCAUAGAGAAACGGCGCCGCGACCGCAUUAACAAUUCGCUGUCUGAGCUGCGGCGCCUCGUGCCUGCCGCCUUCGAGAAGCAGGGCUCCGCCAAGCUGGAGAAGGCCGAGAUCCUGCAGAUGACCGUGGACCACCUCAAAAUGCUGCACACCAAGGGUCUAGACGCGCUGGCCUACGACCCUAACAAGUUCGCCAUGGACUACCACAACAUCGGCUUCCGGGAGUGCGCGGCAGAGGUGGCGCGCUACUUGGUGACCAUCGAGGGCAUGGACAUACAGGACCCGCUACGCCUGCGCCUCAUGAGUCACCUGCAGUGCUACGCCGCGCAACGGGACCUCGCCAACAAGCAGGCUGCGACCUCCUGGGGGUGGGGCGCCUCCUCCCAGGGCACCACGACUCCUGCAUCCUAUCCUCCCUCCUCGUCUCUCUCCAGUUUCCAAGGGCAUGUACUGACGCAUCCCCACGGGGCGACGCAUCCAACGCAUCCUUCUUCCCAUCCCUCCCCCAGCGCGACACACGCCCCUGUGGCUUUAGACCAGAGCCACGGGAUGUCCGCCUUCACCGCCCCUGCGACGUCCGUGUCUGGGGAUCUGGGCGUGGGCACCUGCGGGCUGUCAGGGCAAGGGUCGCGCCUCCCCACCACCGGCUCAGGGGCGCCUCAAGUCCCUGUCGUCACCAUGAGUACAGCAUCCACCGCACACACCAACUACCACUUGAAUCUCAACGCCCACGCCUUCCCAGCGGCCGGCCCCUCCACACCCACGCCCACGCUCCCCCUCACCAACCCCGUCAAUCCCACAGCGUACAACCCCUCACUCCAGGGCGCCCCAGGGGUCAAGCCUUACAGACCCUGGGGCGCGGAGAUUGCAUACUGACCCAGGGAAGGGGAGGGGGUCGCCGCGCCCUCCCCUCCCACGCCUCCCCCACUGCUGCAAGAGAGAGAGGGGGUGGGCGUGGGUGGGGGGUACAGAGUCAUUCCUGUGAUGUAGUUUAAUUUAGUAUUGAUAUUUUUGUAUUUAUCAUUAUUAUUCACCGUAUUUCACUCAUUUUUAUUUUUUUUAUUUAUUUUACCCACACUUACUCAUUAUUUUAUUCAUUUUUUUACUCAUUUCUCAUUUUUUUCACUCAUUAUAGCUCGCUCCUCAUUCUUAUCAUUAUACUGCGUCACUAACCUCCCUUCUCAUUCAUUAUUAUUUAUUUUUCUUGUGUGUAUAUUUGUAUUUAUUGCCGCACUCAUGCACUCACGCACUCAGCUCAUUCACUCACUCACCUGUACAUAAGUCUAUUUUGUAUUUCACUCAUCUUUUAUUUUUAUAAAUGAAUAAUUGAAUAAAAAAAACAAAAAAUA